CAAUUCGCCUAUCCCGGUUUCAUCAAGGGUAUGUUACAUUAAAUAUCACGAUCCUGUGAGUGUUGGUGUGGCCCAGCAUCUAACAAACGUGGUUUUUAUAGACAGAGGCCUGAUAGUUGUACCCUACGGUGAAGGAAAAAUCCCAGAUGAAAGCAAAGCCUUGGCCCUUUUGGCACCUGUCACUUCUAUUGCAGGCUUGAUGCCUGGUGCAGGAUUGCUCCCAGUCCCCACUUGCAGCCCCCUUGCUUCAAUUAGUGCCGUUGAUGCAGUUGGUAGUGCAAUGGGUGCUGUUGUUGGUUCUAUUCCCUUUGGUGCACUGGGAGCACUGCAAGGACUUGAUCCCAAUUUUGCCGCCCUGGGAAUAAACGCUCAACACCCCACAAUAGGAAAUGUGGAUCCUUCCAAGAUUGAAGAAAUCAGAAGAACAGUUUAUGUUGGAAACUUGAAUUCGCAGACGACAACAGCAGACCAGCUGCUUGAAUUUUUCAGCCAAGUCGGUGAGGUGAAGUUUGUUCGUAUGGCGGGAGAUGAGACUCAACCAACUCGGUUUGCUUUUGUGGAAUUUGCUGACCAGGGUUCAGUACUACGAGCUUUGGCCUUUAACGGAGCCAUGUUUGGGGAUCGACCUUUAAAAAUCAAUCAUUCUAAUAAUGCGAUUGUGAAGCCCCCUGAGAUGACACCACAGGCUGCUGCCAAAGAACUUGAAGAAGUAAUGAAGAGAGUAAGAGAAGCACAGUCCUUUAUAUCAGCAGCUAUUGAACCAAUUCCAGGAAUUGAGAUAGGAAUAGAGAGUGAUGUUAAAAACAGAGGAUCCCAAUCUCAAUCUCAAGCAAAAAGAUCUCGUUCAAGGUCAAAACAGAGACGUUCCAGGAGCAAGUCACCAUGCAGAUCCCACUCGAGACACAAAGAAACACCGAAAUCCAAGAGUCCUCGCAAAAAGCGUUCCCGAUCCAAAGAUAGACGACGGUUUAAAAGUCGUUCCAGAUCAAGGGAAAGGAAGAAAGAAAGGGAAAGUAAAGUAAAGGAGCGAUAUAAAGAUGUAGACAGAGAAUAUGGGAAAAAGAAAGAAAAGAAAUCCAGGACCCCGCAAAGAAACUAUAGCUUAUCCAGACGCUCUCGGAGCCCAAGCAGAGAGAGGUUCAGAAAGAAAAGCAGGAGUCCAUCUAAAAGGAAGUCAAGAACACCAAAAAGAAAGUUUUCAAGAUCAGCUUCUCCGAGAAGAAGUAAGAAAGAAAAAAGGAAGGAUAAAGACAAAGAGCACAGCAGAGACAGAGACAAGAUCACAGGAAAUUCAAGAGCUCAGAGCCGAGACAGGAGCAGAAGGGAGCAUUCUACCUCAAAGAAAAAGAAAGACAAAGAGAAGGAACGGAAAUCAAAGUUGGACAAAACAGACACCAAGGUGGGAUCUGAUGAUUUGGUUACAAAGGUGAAAAGAGAGUGCAGUAAUGACGAAGGGCAUAGUAGUGAAAAGGACAAAGAAAGUACAGACACCAACAGCGAAGGUUUGGUCAAAAUUAAAGAAAAUGGCAACCAUAAAUUAAUUGACAACACCAUAGAACAAGCGCCCAAGUCUGAGAAUAUUAUUUCAGUGAGGGUUGAAGAGGGAGGUGAAGAGAAAUCUGAUACAGUGACUGAAGACUUAAAUUCUAUGCAUAAACAACUUGAUUCUUUAUCUGAAGACUGUUAUUAGCCAUUCAACAUCUCUUUAAAACAAUUACAUGUCUAUGUGGCAUUUUUCCGUUGGAGCCUAUGAAUGAAUGGGUGUUGCUUCAAUCUCUGAAAAUUGGGAGUGGGGUAUGUCUAGUAAAACCUUUGCUGUGUUGGUUCGUCAGCCAACAAACGUCGUAUGGAUUAUGUCGCUCAAGAUUGAAAAUGAAUAGUGUAUUUGUCAUGAAGGAUAUGUAAAUACAUGCAUUAUUUUUUAAAAAACUCUUACAGAAAGCAGACAUUUGCCUUCAUGGAGUUUUAUUAAACUGUAAGUUUUUUUUAUUAAACUGUAAGAUAACAUCAUUUUACAACUAUUAUUUAUAACAAGGGGUAAACUGUCAUACCUUCCUGUUAUUUUACUAAUCAUUUCAUCAACUGGAAAUGUUUCACUUAUUUUAGUUGUGGACAUGGCUUUUUGCAGGUAAAAUGUCAUUGAUAGCAUUUGUGCUCAAAUGGCCCCAAUAGAUUACAUGUAGAAAAAUGCACAUUGAAGCAGAAUAAUCCUGAUUUUAUUCCGUUACUGUAGGGCAAAAACAUGUUGGUUGCAAGUGCUACUUACUUGAUAAUAAGUUAAGUACAGUUAUUUUUGAGUAAAUUAAAAUGCAGAAUUAUACUACCUGUGCAUUUUUCUUAUAUGGUAUGACUUUAGAAAAUAAAUCAAAAUGUGUAUGUAUUGUUUGAGACAGAGGCCUUUAUAAUACACAAUGAACAUUCUGAGAAUAGUAAUGUCGCAAUAACAUCAAUAUUUUUACCGAGACUUCAGUUUAUCCGAAAUUGCUGUAUUAGUAUAUUGCUGUUGAAAGAUAGCAGCUGAGGAUGUUGCUCCACAUUAUAAUUCCCUUUUGAAAUCCAAGCAUAAGUGGAGUAAUUGUUUGCUGUUCUAUCUGCAUAUUGCCAGCAUUUGGUACAUUACUAGUAAGAGGUAAACAAAUGAGGUUGUCAGCAAAGGUACCAGAACUGGACAUCUGAGGGUGGUAUGAUUUUUGUUGUACUGCUCUGGUGCCACUUACCGUUAAGUUAGCAGACAGUAGUUUACAACUGUUCUGCAUUUUAACAUGUCACAUUUCAGAUUUUAAUGUAUAACAAAUAUAAUAAUUGAGGCUUUUAGCUGCCAGAACGUUAUUAUUGAGAACUCAGGUGAUGGGCUUAAUCAGAACUUCCAGCUUGAAAAGAAAAGCCAAGAAAAUGAGAAAUCAAGAAGAAAUGAUGAGGUGUAACCAAGCUUUGAUUUUAUAAGAUUGCAGUUUGUAGAGGAAAGGGAAACUGAAGCAAGAUACGUAGCUCUACAGUCUUUAGGUCCUGUAAAAGAAUGAGUUGAAGUCGAGAGAGUAUUGAUGUCAGCACAGAGAAGAGACGAAGAGCAUUUAAGAUGUCGUAUUUGGAGCUACUGAGGAGCAAGAGGGGAAAACUCUUGGGAGCAUUGGCCAUAAUAGCAUCAAGAUAGAAAAAAUAUAGGAAAGAUGGGAUGGAGAAAGAAAUGUUGGAGGCUAGAAGUGAGGUAUUUCCUGCAACAGUUGGAAUAUUUAUAAAUAGUACCAUGGCUAGAAAUCCACUUUUCUAACCUUUUUUGUUAUGAAUUUCUAUUUUCAAUGAGAAUCAACUGAUUUGGUCUGUUUUAGAGGGAGGCUAUACUAUAAUUCUAUCAGUUUUGUGACCCAAUACAAUGUAUAAUAUAUAUAUAUAAUAUAUAUAACAACUAGUUCAUUGCACAUUUCUUAGAGAUGUGAUACCUGCAUUCAGAGGCCAUAACUUGUUUCUCACAAAUAAUCAGUUACACUAGGUUAUUAGUUGUAUUUCAGUUAAUAAGAAACUAUUAAAAUCUAUUUCAGUAUGUAAUUGUUUCCUAACCAGUGAAAAUGGAGAUUUGUGAAUUAUACCAGAGCUGUAACUGAAUGCAAAUACUGUACGUAUCGGCACAGAAGUUAGUCUGUUAAACUUAGCACACUACGGUUAAUAGUUGGAAUAAAAAUGUCCAUGUUCUUACAGAAUCACACAGCACAUGUUAUUUAUUGGUUCACAGUUCUGAUAGCACUGAAGGUAUGUUGUCUUGAUAGAAUUUCAUGUUAGUUGUUAUAUAAGCUAAAUAGUUAUCCAGUUCUGUACAGUUUACCUUUUGAAAGAUGCUUUGUAUGUUAGGGGAGUGACAUACGUGGACUGUUUACUGCAAUCUUGUGAUAUUUAAUGCUUGUAAGGCUGGAAAGCCUGGAAAGAUGCCAUUUGUACAAUGUGCUAAACUGUGAAGUGCAAUUUGCUAUAACAUUUAUAAAACAAAACAAUCCAUUUACAGCAGUGGGUGGCCAACCCAUGGCCCGUGGGCCAAAAGUGGCCCCACGACAUUUUCAUUAGUCUAGAUAAGUCUGUGUUCAAUCAAUAGUGUGUUUCCAUUUUUUUCUUGAUUUAUGGCAUCAAUCAAGAAAUAUUCAAUCAAGAAAAUUUGUUUUGUUGGCUGACAAUAAAGGUUGGCCACCACUGAUUUAUAGUAUUAAAAACUCCUGAAUUGAUUGGUAUUUACAAUAUAAUUCAGAAAAUACAACUGGAAACAUACUUAGGACAUUAGAGCUUUGUGAUAUUUUACAAUGUCCUCGGAUUUCUGAUGUGAUUACUGGAGCGGGGGAUACAGCUGUAAAUUUGGUUUAAUCAAAAAAAUGAUAACUGAAUAUAGUUGUUGAAACUAUAAUAAAAAGAGAGCUUCUGUUCGAACAGCUAUUGUUUUUCAGUUGUAACAUUUGCGUAGGUUGAUAAUUAUGCAAUGUAAAUUUGGUCUUCUAAGGGCUGCUUAAACUCUUUUUCUGAUAAUGGUAUCAGGUAAGAAAGUACCUUUCAAUGAGAAGACAAGACAGAAAGCAUGCCAACAAAAGGUCUCAUUCUGCUACUUGCCUCUGGGGCAGGCAACCUGCUCCGAAGGCUACGUCAGGAACACUAGAGACUAAUGCAACAACAGCUCAGCAAUGACUCUCUCCCCACAUCAAAAUGACUAUCAGGAACUAUGGAGUGCGAAGAACAAUAUGAAAUUGUGUUUUAGAUUUAAAUACGGUUAAGGGAAUUUGCUCCUAAUGCUUUCAAAUAAUCAGCCAUCAUUUUUGCAUAAUUGUUUUUCUCCUUGGUGUUACAGAAGCCAUAUAGGUCAUGUGGUCUUUUCCCUGUUGCCGUAUCUAUGGAGGAAUUGUUGUCUGAUAGCAUGUUUGUUAGUUUCUUUCACUUAUCAUUGGGAACAGUUCAUUGUCCUGUUGGGAUACAUGAUAUAAAAGUUUAUAUUAUCUAUGUUGUUUUUUUUAGAAAUGAUUUGUGCCUUUAUAGAAAUAUAGAAUCUUGGUGAUGCAAAGGUUCAGUAAAAGGUUGGAUUUGUAAAACUUCAAA